CGCGAGUGUGAGGAGUUGGGUCUGCGUCUCCCUCCCGGCUGGAGUCGCGUCUGUUAACUCGGCGGACCGCAGUCUUCAGGGAGACUUGCGUCCUGCCUGAUCUUCCUACUUCCUGAUGUUUUGGGGGCUCCUCCAGGAUGGCCAGGGAGUCUGCCCUUGGCCAAAGGGAGACUUUGCCCCAGCUCCCUUGUCCCCCCUGCAGCCCUGCCAGCCGGGAAUGUGGAGAGAAGGAGAAGGAGCUUAAAUGAGACCGUCAGCUGCUGGGCCCUAGUUGGCUAUGACCGAGGAGUUCUUAAAGUGUUGCUUGAGUGAUGAAUGAAAACCUUCCUCUACCUGGAACUUGUAAUCCUCAGGGAUGUAGCCAUGGACUUCACCUUGGAGGACUGGGAGCAUCUGGGGCUGGACCAGGGGGACCUAUUCUGGGACACAGCACUGGACAACUACCAGAACCUUUUCCUGCUGAACCCCUCCAAACCCAAACUGACCUCUUGUCCGGAUGGCGGGGAAAAGCUGGAGGUGCUGGUGAGAGCAAGCCCAGAAUCAGAGUGCCCUGACACAGCUGGGGCCAAGACCUGUCCUCUGGCAGAAGACUACUUAGAAGGACUCUCCCAAGAGGUCACAGAGACAUUGUCCAAGGAUGACCUCCAGAAUUCCAGUUGGGGGAAAGCCUGUGUAGGUGAGAGUUGGUUAGAUAGUCUGCUAGGAGAUUCAGAAAAUCUUCUGAGGUCUGACAUCGUUACCAACAAGGAGAGUCCUACAGAAUACAGGAGUCAUGAACUCAAAACAGACCUUGGGCCAGAGUUCCUCUUUUCCACAGGAGAGGAUUCUGGGAUGUACAAUCUUUCUGAAAAGAGCCCUACACUGGCUACAUCUCAGGAACAUGAGAGUGACCUUGGCUGUGUCUUAGAUCAGAACCAGCAGGAGGGCAUCCAGGAGGGGGAGAAAUUGUAUAAAUGUAGUGAAUGUGGGAAGAGCUUUAGCCAGAGUUACCAUCUUAUCCAGCACUGGAUUCUUCAUACUAGAGAGAAACCCAGUGUGUGUCAAGAGUACAAGGAAGGUUUCAGCCAGAGUUCUUGCCUCUUGGCGCCUCUGACAACUCACACAGGCUACAGAUCCUUUGUGUGUGCCAAGUGCGGGAAAACUUUCGCUCAGAACAUGCACCUUGUACAGCAUCAGAAAAUUCACACCAGGGAAAAACCAUGUAAGAAUCAAGAUAGUGACCAGCCGUCGGUUGUCGGCCUACAGCCUGCUGAGCACCAGAAAACCCAUAUGGGUGGUCAGUCCCACAGAUGUAAUGAGUGUGGCAAGAGUUUCAGCCAAACCUUUCAUCUUACUCAGCAUCAGAAGACCCAUACCCAGAAGCUCUACGAAUGUGCCAAAUGCAAGGUGACCUUCAACCUCAGGAAAUACCUCCUCCAACACCAGAAAAUCCAUUCCACAGACCCUCCCUCUGAGCAUCAGGAAUGCAGGAAGGCUUUCAGGCAGAGCUUGCUGCUUAUCAAACACCAGUCUGUUCACACUGGAGAAAAGCCUUACAACUGUGAUCAGUGUGGGAAACCCUUCAGGAAUAUCUCAACCCUAAAGAUCCACCAGCGGGUUCACAGUGGAGAGAAGCCUUACAAAUGCAAUGAGUGUGGGAAAGCCUUCUACCGGAAUACUCACCUUAAUGAACAUCAGAGGAUUCACACUGGCUAUCGGCCCUACAAAUGUCACAAAUGCAUCAAGAGUUUUAGCCGGCCCUCCCACCUGAUUCGACACCAGUCUAUCCAUGCCAUAGAAAAGCCCUACAGCUGUACCAAAUGCAAGGAAACUUUCAGCCACAAUGAACACCUCAUCCAGCACCAGAAAAUGCACACUGUGGAGACCCCUUAUGAAUGCCAGGAGUGUGGUGAGCGCUUCAUCUGCAGCUCCACACUAAAUUGCCACCAGACUAUUCACACCAGAGAAAAACAAGGACUUAGUGAGAGCGGGAGGAUCUUGAAUCAGGACUCAGAGCAGAGUGAGCAACUGAGGAUCAGUGAGAAGCACUUUAAGUGUAACAAAUGCGAGAAAACCUUUAGCUGCAGCAAAUACCUGGCUCAGCAUGAGAGGGUUCACACCAGGGUGAAGCCCUUCGAGUGUAAGCAGUGUGGAAAAGCCUUUAGCCAAAGUACACAGCUCAUUCGCCAUCAGAGCAUCCACUCUGGGGUGAGGCCAUAUGAAUGUGGGGACUGUGGGAAGGCCUUUGUUUACAGUACUUCCCUCACUAAACAUCAGUCUAUCCACCAGAGCGAACACCCUUUUAAAUGUAAUGAAUGUGGAAAGACCUUCAGCCAAAGUGCACAUCUCUCAGAACAUCAAUUAAUUCACACUGCAGAGAAACUCUUUCAGUGUAAUAUAUGUGACAAAUCCUUUGCCCAUAGUAACUGCCUUACUCAGCAUCAGAGAAUUCAUGCUGGAAACAAGUUCUUUGAGUGUAAUGAAUGUGGAAAGUCAUUUCAUCAGAGCUCAUGCCUUUCUAAGCAUCAGAGAGGUCACACCGGUGAGAAACCUCACAAAUGCAGUGACUGUGGGAAAACCUUCAGCGUGGGUGCUCAACUCAUUCAACACCAGAGAGUUCAUACCGGAGAAAAGCCUUAUGUUUGUCAGGAAUGUGGGAAAGCCUUCACCCAGAGCUCAUGCCUUUCUGUUCACCAGCGAGUUCACACCGGGGAGAGGCCUUAUGUUUGUCAGGAAUGUGGGAAAGCCUUCAGCCAAAGCUCGUGCCUUUCUGUUCACCAGAGAAUUCACACUGGGGAGAAGCCUUAUGUAUGUGCUGAAUGUGGGAAAGCCUUUGCCCAGAAAGCAAAUCUGAUGCAGCAUGAGAGAAUUCACACUGGGGAGAAACCUUAUGUCUGCAGGGUGUGUGGGAAAGCCUUUGGGCUCAGUGCCCAUCUCAGUCAACACCAGAGAAUUCACACCCAAGAAAAACUGUAGCAAUGUCAACCUUGUCAGCCCUUUGCUGUAGGUCUCAGCAGAAAUCGGCAAGUUCAUACUUAGAGGUAAUGAGUUAAGUAGAAGUAACAAGUAGCAAUACUAUCUGCUCCUGAGUGGCAGCAAAGUCCCAGACAUUUGAACAUGGUUCAUCUAAAGUUGAAAUUGUUGAAAGUCCUAAAGUUGAAAUUGUCACAUUGUAAGCUCCUUCCCCCCAAAUAAAUACACUCCUUAUCCCUAAAAAAUGGUAAGAAAACUUGCACAUAAGUUUUAUGAAAACACAGUUGUUGAGAAGCCAUGUAACAUGGGAAUUCAGAGGUAGUAGAUCCGAGCUAGUCAGCUGAGUUAAAUCUCGGCUCUGACACGUGCUACCUGAGUGAUCCAGGGAGAGUCAUGGGACCUCCUAGGGCCUCUGCAUCCUCAUCUGUAAAAUGGGUACAAGAUGAUUACCUACCUCAGAAGGCUGCUGUGAGGAUAAAUAGAUAUAAAGAAGCACUUAGAACUGAGUGCCCAGCACACAGUAUGCACACACCAAAUGUGAGCUACAAAUACUCGUGAGAUACAACACAUAUUUAAAAGAAGGGAAGAAUUAGUAAUCCUCUAUUUAUUGCCGUUAAUGUUCUUGCUAGUACUAUGUGGUCACUUUCAUUUCUUAUUAAAGAUUUUAUUUGUUUAUUUGAGAGAGCAAAAGAGAGCAUGAGCAGGGGUGAGGGGCAGAGAGAGUGAGGAAGAAGCAGACUCCUCACUGAGCAGGUAGCCCGACAUGGGGCUCAGUCCCAGGACCUUGAGAGCAUGACCUGAGCUGAAGGUAGAUGCCCAACUGACUGAGCCACUCAGGUGCCCCUCAUUUUUCUUUAAAAAGACUUUAAGUAAAAUCUAUUCCCAAUGUGAGGCUCCAACUCACCAUGCGAAGACCGAGAGUCACAUGCUCUUCUGACUGAGCCAGCCAGGCGCUUCUGUGUCACUUUCAUUUUUUAAAUAGUUGUUUUAAAAAAGAUUUUAUUUGAGAGAAAGUGAGUGGGAGAAGGAAAGAGAAUCUGAAGCAGACUGUGUGUGGAGCCAGAGCCUGAUGCAGGGCUUUAUCUCAUGACCUUAAGAUCACAACCCGAACUGAAACCAAGAGGCAGAUGCUCAACUGACAGCCAGCCAGGUGCCCCGCGUAGCUCUCAUUUUUAAAGUUUUCUCCAAAAUGCCCCUGGCUAAAUUUGGUUCCCCAAACCCAGCACCUUGCUCUCUUGCUCUUCU